AUGAUAUACCUCUCCUCUGACGUCUUUGCUCUUUGUCAUGAUGGUCAAAUUCCUCCCUUCUACCAGGUCGCUUUGUGCGACGACUUCCUCUACGACGAGGCAAAGGCAGCUUACAAGGAGAUCAACUUCCAACUCACACUCGCUAAUGAGGCGAUGUUCAACAAGAUGAAUGCCCACAAGGUCCAAUAUCUUCGCCACCUAUACUUCCAAUGGGAUGAUCUCGGAAAUGAUGAAUACAAGUUCUGCUUUCUUCAAAUGAAGGCAAACAGAUGCCAACUCAUCAGCAACCUCCGUACCCUCACCAUGGACUUCUCGAAGCCCAACACCGAGCCUAGCUCCUUCUCCGUCAUGCGUAACAUUGCUCGGGCUUCAACUGGUGUCGUCUGUCUCAAUGUCCGUCUCCAGUCCUUCACUUCACUUGAGUCCAGAAGAACCAUCCACUUCGCUGAGGAAUGUAAGGCCGCAUGGCACCGUCUCCGUCUCAUCGAAACAGCAAACAAGUGGAUCCGCUCUCCGGGCCGCUUGGUCUCGGUUAACACUGCUGAUGUUACGAAAGGAGUGGUUCUGGGAGCGUGAGGAUGGCAAUCCCUUGGAUGUCAAUCUCUAUGGAAAAUACCACUUCUUGAAGGCCUCUGUCCAGGGUAACUUGACUUUGGUUGACCGCCUCAAGGGGCCCACUCUUGGUCUUUGAGAACUUCGAGGGUUCAUCCGGCUCUUCGAAAAUCUUCGAAUAACCUUCGAGUAACCUUCGGGUAACCUAUGAAAAGUCCUUGAAGAGCCCCUUUCCCUCUUUGAUAUUUGCACUUUCCUCCGUCCGUGUAGUAGACUUGACUUGUCAAGUCCGAUUUCAUUGUUCAAUCUGCUUUCAAUGAAGAACAUUUCGAACUUGAAGCCACAUCAUCACUCUUAGCCUGUAUGCCGCAUACUAUGAUGAUAACUUCAAGCCGUAAAUGGCUACAAAUGCGCUUGCCAUGUGGCUAGGCUUUACAAGAGCAUGACAUUGGCCCUAUUUAUCUCAGGUCUAAAUUU